UCAUUGUAAAAUGGCAAAUGUUGGAGCUGCAGUGCUGUUUUCUGGCAGUAAUCAAGGAAGAAGAGGAGAGAAGCCUGAAUAAUUCACAUUAUUUAUACAGUGAAAAUAUGAAUAUUUAUCUGAUAACUCUGCACCACUUUUUUGCAUCACAUCAGACAAAUGAUAUCCCAGUCGUGUACAGCCACAUCCUCCUGAUAUGAAUAACGGUAGACGAUUAACAGUCGUCUCUCUCCGCAGCGUGACGUCGGAGCAGCUGAGCCCUGCGGCGGCCAUGUUGGAUCUGUUUCUCAGCGUGCUGGUGUUGACCCGUCUCCACCCGUCGCCUCACAGCACCUCCAUGCCAACCUAACUCCUCCUCCUCCUCCUCCUCCUCCUCCUCCUCUCUUCCUGCAUCUUUCUUCCACCACCUGGCCGGGAGAAAGGUCCUUGGUCCUUGUGGAAAAUGUCCUAUGCACACCACAAGCUGCUCACCUGGAGCUUACCUCACCUCCUCCUCCUGCCGCUGACCUACCUCUGGCUCUUGGCUCCUCCCACAGGUGUGUCAGCGGAUCUCUGCCGGGUCACUGGUGGGGUUCUGGGGAUCCACUGGAGCAGUGUCAUCAGCCUGGGCUGGUACCCUCUGGCGGACGGGCGGGCCGGCGCCACCUGCUGGGAGUCGUGCUGCAUGGAGCCCAAGUGUAACGCCGUGUGGAGCCUCGGGGGGCGCUGCGUUCUGCUGAGCUGCUCUCGGAGGAGGGGCUGCGCCAUCUCCUCGCUGCCCCAGCCCCACGAGGAGUCGCUGGGCCUCCUGCAGCUCCUUGCCAAGGGUCCCGUCAGAGUGCGGCGUAGAAAACCUCGUCACACAACACACAGUGGAAGCCAAAAAACACACACAGGACAGAUUACCAGCACGGAAAGCUCCAAACUGGGAACAUCUCACCCGACUCCAUCAGCAUCCAGCACCAUCACACUUGUCCAAAUAUCCCAAAAGAACCACAGCCAGACAGCCAAUGGGAGCUCCGACGCCGUUCCUGCUUCAUUGCCGCAGAACUCGACGGUGGACGACACCAUCGAUGCUGCAGCGUCUUCCAACAGCACCGACGGCGGCGGCGGCUCACCGACGGCGGCCGCCAACACCGUAACCACAGCUCCGACUCAGAGCGUGAGGGAGCUGGUGGUGUCGGCAGGAGUCAGCGUGGAGGUAACGCUGCCCCGCAACGAGGUCGAACUCAACGCCUUUGUGGUCCCGCCGCCUCCGUCAGGGACCAACUAUGCAUUUGACUGGCGUCUGAUAACUCAUCCCAAAGAUUACAGCGGCGAGAUGGAGGGCAAGCACAGCAAGACGCUGAAGCUCAGCAAGCUGACUCUGGGCCUGUACGAGUUCGAGGUGACGGUGGACGGGGAGGGAGCUCACGGAGAAGGUUACGUCAACGUCACGGUCAAACCAGAGCCGCGGGUAAACAAGCCUCCCGUCGCCGUAGUUUCCCCGAAGUUCCAAGAGAUCUCGUUGCCAACCAGCUCGACGGUGAUCGACGGCAGCCAGAGCACCGACGAUGACAAGGUGGUGUCGUGGCACUGGGAGGAAGUCAAAGGUCCUCUGAGGGAGGAGAAGGUCUCUGCUGACACCCCCGUCCUCACCCUCACCAGCCUGGUGCCGGGAAACUACACUUUUAAUUUGACAGUGACUGACUCAGACGGAGCCACAAACUGGACUCAGGCCACCCUCUCCGUCAACAAAGCCAAGGACUACCGGCCGGUGGCCAAUACCGGCCCCAACCAGGUCAUCCAGUUGCCUCGUAACUCCAUCGUUCUGUACGGCAACCAGAGCACCGACGACCACGACUCGCUGUCCUACGAGUGGUCGCUGAGCCCCGAGAGCAAAGACAAAGUGGUGGAGAUGCAGGGUGUCCGGACGCCGAUCCUGCAGCUGUCGGCCAUGCAGGAGGGCGACUACACUUUCCAGCUGACUGUGACGGACUCGGCCGGACAGCAGGACACGGCUCAGGUCACCGUCAUCGUGCAGCCAGAAAACAAUAAACCACCAGUGGCAGACGCAGGUCCAGAGAAGGAGCUGACGCUGCCCAUCGACCGAACCACUCUGGACGGCAGCAAGAGCAGAGACGACCAGAAGAUAGCAACCUACCACUGGAAGANNAUCAGCGGUCCUGAUGGUGUGAAGAUUGAAAACGCAGACAGUGCCGUUGCCACGGUGACGGGUCUGGAGGUCGGCACGUACGAGUUCACCCUGACGGUGACGGACGAGAGGAGGCUGGAGAGCAGCGACACCGUCACCGUCAUCGUCAAGGAAGAGAAGGACCAGCCUCCGGUGGCUCACGUUGUGUCGAGUCCGUCCAUCGUUCUGCCGGUCAGGACGGCCACCCUGGACGGAUCCCACUCCACCGACGAUAAAGGUGGAGUCAGUUACCUGUGGACCAGAGAAGACAGCAGUCCUGCUGCUGGGGACGUGCUGAACAACUCUGACCACCAGGCGGUGCUGUUUCUGGGAAACCUGGUGGAGGGAAAGUACAGCUUCACCUUGACUGUAACUGACAGUAAAGGACAGAGCAGCAGCGACAGGGGAACAGUUGAGGUCAAAGCAGACCUGUGGGAGCGCGACCUGGUGGAGCUGGUCCUGGAGGUGUCGGUGUCGCAGGUGUCCCACCGUCAGCGCGACAUGCUGCUGCGACAGGUGGGCGUGCUACUGGGCGUGCUCGACAGCGACAUCAUCGUACGAGAGAUCAGUGCUUUCAACGAGCACAGCACUCGUUUGGUCUUCCUGGUGUCGGGCGGUCAGGGGCGCCCUCCCCUGUCCGGUCGCAGCGUUGCACUUGGCCUCCGCAACAAACUGCGCAAACAGAAGAAUGACUUUUUCAUCUACAAGGCCCGACGAGUCGACACAGUCAUCUGUCAGCUCAACUGUUCCAGUCACGGCGAGUGCGACUCGUUCACUCGGCGCUGCGUCUGCCAUCCUUUCUGGAUGGAGAACUUCAUCAGAGCUCAGCUGGGAGACACAGAGAGCAACUGUGAGUGGAGCGUACUCUACGUGACUAUAGCCUCCUUUAUGAUCGUGGUGGCCGUGGCAACACUGGUGUGGGGGAUGGUGUGCUGCUGCAACAGGCGCAAGAGCAAAGUGCGCAGAAGCAAAAGCCGAUACAAAAUACUGGAAGCCGACGAGCAGGACAGUCUGGAGCUUCAGCCGCCGAGAGCUGCCCGCCUGAAGCCGGUUCCUGCUCCCACCUCCUCGGCCCUCAUGCACUCGGACUCGGACCUGGACAGCGACGACGGGCAGGGCGGCGUUCCCUGGACGGAGCAGGAGCGAGGCCACCUGCUGAGGCCCCAGAACGGAUCCCUGAGGAACGGCCAGGGCCCGGCCCGGCCCAAGAAGCAACGGGAGGAGCUGCUAUAGCAACAGAGGAGGGGGGAGCCGGCAGCUGUCCCUCCUCAGUCCUCCCUCCAAUCCUCACUCUUCCUCUUUUUCUUUUGCUUCCCUCCACGAAAACCUCACACCUCUCAUCCGCGAAGACUGGAGCUGUGCAGCAGGUGGACGGAGGAACAUGCUGGAAACAUGUCGUCCCACCUUCGCGCCGCUGAAACCUGCUCCCACGCUGAGCCAACGGAGGGACGGAAUAACUGCUUCUCACUCAGAACUCGUGCUGAGCACUGUGUUUUCACCGCUACAUAAGAAACAAGCCCUAUAACUGAACACAGAGACAUAAGGAAUGUACCGCUGCCCUCUUACUGCUGGCUCGCAUCACGAGAGGACGUAGAUGAACUCUGCUUCAACGACACGAAAACCAGCCACUCGACACCUUGCCUCUCGUAGACACGCAUGUACAAACACGUCACUGUUUCAGGUCGACCCGACGCUACCAAACACUGCCAUUUUUAAACCAAUGGUGAACUCUGCUCUGACUGAAGGAAAGACAAAAAAAAAACAACCAAAACAGAGCAGUGAUGGACCCACUCCUCCCCCCCAAAAAAACAAAAAAAAGUCAAAAAACACGUGCAUGUAGAGCGACGGAUGCAGCUCCGGUGCAGUCUGACGCCGGAGCGAUCAGCUGCAUGUUUGUGUGUCGGGUGUAUGUGUGGACUUUUCUGGCUGCGGUGCCAAAACAUGUUUCUCCAGAGCAGUUUGUAUGUUUUUAUGUCCGUUAUUAACCCACAGAAAAGUCACACUGUUGUCAGAGUUUUAAAAAAAACAAACAGCUGAAGGCUUCUUUAAGUCACUGGAACACACUGGAGUUCACUCAACAGGGAAGACGGAGCUCUUCGUCCAUAUUCACUCAUGUACUGACUGCUUGAACCACGAAGACCACUGAGUUUUUGUUUGUCGCUGUGACUAGUUGUCGAUGCACUUUGAUUUAACCGUCUCGUCUCGCGUGUGAAAAAGGGAGAAGUUUGUCUGUUAAAGUUGGAAGGUUCAGCCAUAAAAACGGGACUUUGCUGCAUUCAGAGUUUCUUUCCUCCUCGUUCAGAUCAAAGCUCCGUAGUGAAUGUGAAUGCGGCUCAUGUCCAGAAGCACCUUAGAGAUUUUAGCGCUUGUCUACACGAGCUGGACGGUGUCGGUUUAAUCCAGGACAAAGCUGGCCUUUUAAUCUUGAGGGAAAUCUUUUACAUUUUCUGUUCUGUUGUGAUUUUGUUUGUCUCCAACAUCUGAGGACAUUUAUCUUUGUUUCCCAGUUUGUUAAAGGAUGGCUUCACAUUUUAUCUUAAGACAACAGUCAGGCGUAAACUUUGAAACCGGUUCUACUGGCUGCCGUCGUUCUUCUGCUCAUAGCAGCGUUGACCCUCUGAACUCUGAGCAGCUUCUGCCUCGUUUUUCACUAAACAGAAUGAAGGAGGAGAGACGGCUCAGUUUCACACAGAAUGACACAAAUCAUAAAACUGAAAAGUCCUGGAAUCAGCAUGCCCAACAUUUUUCCACAGAUGUGACAACAGGAGAACAAAUGGAGGCUUUACAUCCUAUAGAUGUUUAACUAUUUAUAAUUUAUCUCCACACUCGUAAACACAUCCUGCAGGUCAGAACUUUUCUUGUGAGACCACAGCAGAGUCACUGACUGCUUCACAGUUCUGCUGAGGAGCACAGAGUGUUUAGUUUAUUACAUUUAAUCUGGUUAGAAUGAACGGCUUGUUUUUAGCGAAUCUGUAAAUGACACGUGAUUUACAGUGAUGUUGACAGUAGAUCACAAUUUCAAACUUAGACUGAUUUCCCAGAAUCACACAUAAUUAGUUUAAGAACCUUCAGAAAUUACACGCUUCUGUCUCUGAUAAAUGAUGUCAUUUCGGCAGGUUUUAGGGUUCAGAGGGUUAAAAAAAUGUAAUCAGAUUUUCUCUAAAGCGAUGGGGGUCAAAAUCCACGUUCUGGUCUCGUACUACAAGGUUUGUUUGUUUUUUUAAUGCAAGAAAGUCCAACUAGUAUGUUUAUGAGAAUUUUGGUCUUUUUAGUUAAAAAUUUCCUCUUUUUUUUGUGUUUUGUUGCUCAGCGUUGCCUCGUAGAGCCGAGCCAUUUAUCAAUGUUCUUCAUAUAAACAGGAUGUUAUAGUUACUAAAAAAAAAAACACAAAAUUAAGAUUUUUUUCAAAUAUAAACUCCAGCAGUGUUUUUACAAAAGAGUGAGCAGCAGGACAGUCGGAGCUUCAAACUGUGGCUACUCCGUUUCUAAGCAUCUUUUUCUGCAUCAGUUUUGUUUUCAGACUGACAUACAUGUCUGUGACGUGACAGGAUUGGUCGGCUGUUACUCAGAGAAUUCUAACUUUAAGGAGAUAUUUUAAUAUUGGAUGAUUUUUUUGCUCGAUUUUGUCCCCCGUCGCCGACGUUAAGAAGGGAGCUCUUCAUAGAUCAGACAAGCUGUGAAUCCAUCCUUUAAACUUUGAAACUGACACAGUUAUGAGUAACUCUGUGUGAUCAGAGCUUUACAAACAGCAUUACUGAACUUUGUUUAGGGAUACGAUGGAAGCUGCACAUCCAGACGGAGCUCAGUCCCCAAAAAACAAAUCAUUUCUUCAAGAGCAGAAGGUUAAUCUGAGGGCUGUCUCUUCUUCUGCGAGCAGAUUAUAAGAAUAAUUCAAACAGGACGCAGCAGGAGGUUUUAUUCCUCCUGUUUGCAGUCGGAGGUGUUGGCUCGACGCCUCCCAGUGGAAGACUUUAACCAAACCAGACUCCUCCCGUAACACCUCGCUGUGCGAUCGCUUUGCAUGCAGGACGUGAAGCUGCCCCACGGAUCCACAUUUUGAGCCACUGUUCCUUUGGGUGUUGAUUCAGUUCAGCCUGAACUCUGUGAAAUAAGCUACAAUCACUUUCUUUAUCUCUCCAGUGAAUCUUUCCGGCAGUGUUUAAGUCCUGUGUGAGUAAAAUCAAGCGCACCCAAGUGCCAACUCUGUAAAAUCUGUUGAACACGUUCAGAUCCUGUCACGUUCUUCUCAUGUUUCUUUGCACAACCGAAUCGCUGACUCACUGUCAUUUGAUUGUUUCCCAGAACCUCAUCUCAGCGUAAUUUUUCUGCUUAUUUAACGCGACGGAAUCCAGCUUUUCUUCUGUUACGUUCACUAGUCGUCUUUGGGAUUUAGUGGAAAGUGAAUUGACCUCGACUCCGAUGAGUCCACUGUGAAGGCAGACGGAGAACACGUGGAGCAAAUGAAGGGGCUUUGAUUUGUUCUGUUUGUUUUUUUGUUUUAAACGAGUUUUUAGUGAAGGAUCACCCCUUCCUUUCUUUCUGUGACCUGAUGCAACUGGAUAAUCUGUAAAUUAAAAUAAAAUGUUUUGGUUUGAGUUUUCUGAUCUAAACAAAGA